CACACCGUGCGGGAUAGUGCAUAUGUCAGCGCAUGCUGAAGCAGAAUGAGCUUGUGGACAGUUCCGAGUGUGAACUGGAUACAUUCUUGCGAGAUAGGGACGCAAAAUGAAAGUUUUUUUUGUCUCGCUGGCGUCUGGGAUUCGUGCGCGUAAAUGAAUUUUCUGCUUGGUCGAUUUGUGGCAUUAAUAUCACGGCGUAGUAUUUUCCUCCUGCUGUUUAUUGUGUGAAUGGAGUUCGAUCGAAUCAUUCGAGUCUCCUCUCCCUCCACCUCUCUCGCUUGCUCAAGCGGUUGUCACAUGUUUCUUUAGUCGACUCAUUAGGCUCGAACGUACCAUACGCUACCUGAACUGUUCUGCUCCUUUGUGAAGCGUAAAUUCGUCUGGUAGACGUCGAGGGAGUAAAGAACUUGAAACAAUGCGUGAAUAGGCUCGCACGUGGGAGACCUGAACACAACAGCUCACGAGACACACUACCACUAAAAAGCGUUCUGGACAAUCCGUGCCCUGCGUUCGUACGCUCCCCAGGAAGUUUUGUGUGAAGCUCGUGACAUCAGCUGUUCUUGCACUAACGCUGUCCACGCAACUGCUUUCAUCCCCAACGGGGAUAUACUUAGAAAUCCUUAGGUUGUACUGUACAACCCUUCGGAGCAAGACGAAAAGUACAGUACACCAGGCUUCCAAUAAAAGGUGAUUCGAGCUUAGCGGUGCCCGCGCCGAUUGCCCAAGGAACCCGGCGAGGGAAGAGCGACGUCCACGCGGCUGGAAGAUGGAGCCUCGCGCCAAGGCGAGGUGGUCUCCGGGCAACAGCCCCUCCUCGGCGCGGGGCGUGUGGCCUCGCUGCUCCGAGCUCAAGAUGUUCCUGGCCGCCCUGUCCUUCUCGUACUUCGCCAAGGCCCUGUCCGGGAGCUACAUGAAGAGCACCAUCACCCAGCUGGAGCGGCGCUUCGACAUCCCCACGUACCUCAUCGGCGUGAUCGACGGGAGCUUCGAGAUCGGCAAUCUGCUGGUGAUGGCGUUCGUGAGCUACUUCGGCGCCAAGCUGCACAGGCCGAAGAUCAUCGCCGUCGGCUGCGUCCUGAUGUCGCUGGGGACCUUCCUGUGCGCCAUGCCGCACUUCCUCAUCGGACGCUAUAAGUUCGAAACGUCAGUUAGAUCGUCCGUGAACUCAACCAAUAUCCUCUCUCCGUGUCCAGCGAGCUCACCUGACCCUCUGCCCGCAGGUGACUCGGCCCAUGUCAUGCCCAGUGCAGGGUGCGAGCGAGAGUCCAGCCUCUCCAUGUGGUUUUACGUUUUCCUGGGGAACGUCCUGCGCGGGAUCGGCGAGACCCCCGUCCAGCCGCUGGGGAUAUCGUACAUCGACGACUUCGCCCAGGAGGACAACGCCGCCUUCUACAUCGGCUGUGUUCAGACCGUGUCCAUCAUCGGCCCCGUGUUCGGCUACCUGCUGGGGUCGCUCUGUGCCAAGCUCUACGUGGACAUUGGCUUUGUAGAUAUGGACAGCGUGACGAUCACCCCCAGCGACGCUCGCUGGGUGGGCGCCUGGUGGCUGGGCUACAUCGUCGCGGGCAUCAUCACCCUCCUGUCGGCCAUCCCCUUCUGGUUCCUGCCCAAGUCGCUGCCCGCGCCGGCGGCCCGGCACCACUCCCGCCGCUCCCCCGGGCAGGCGCGCUUCGUCAAGGGCUCCUCGCACCUGGGGCAGAAGUAUCGGCCCGGCGAGGCCGCCAGCCUCCUGGAAAUGGCUAAAGAGUUCAUCCCGUCGCUGAAGAGCCUGAUGGGAAACCCGGUGUACUUCACCUACCUCUGCGUCACCGUCAUCCAGUUCAACUCCCUCAUCGGCAUGGUGACCUACAAACCCAAAUACAUCGAGCAGCACUACGGGCAGUCGGCGUCCAAAGCCAACUUCCUAAUGGGAGCCGUCAAUAUCCCCGCCGUGGCCCUGGGGAUGUUCCUGGGGGGCGUGGUCAUGAAGAAGCUGAAGCUGAGCAUCAUGGGAGCGGCCAAGCUGGCCUUCGGGACGUCGCUGCUGGGCUACUUCCUGUCGCUCUUCUUCUUCGCCAUGGGCUGCGAGAACUCCAGGGUGGCCGGCAUCACCGUGUCCUACCAGGGAGUGGAUGGAAUUUCUUACCAUGAGAGGUCGCUGUUUGCAGACUGCAACGCCGGCUGCCCGUGCUCGGGAAAGGACUGGGACCCGGUGUGCGGCGGCGCCGGCGCCAUAACGUACGUCUCGCCCUGCCUGGCGGGCUGCCAGUCGCAACGCGGAUCGGGGAGGAGCACGGUUUUUGAGGACUGCCGUUGCGUGAGGGGACCCGGGAACCACUCGGCCGCCCUGGGGCACUGCCCGGACCGGGAGGGCUGCGGCCAGAUCUUCCCCUACUUCCUGGCGCUGUCCGUCGUCAGCUCCUUCGUCAUCUCGCUGGGCGGGACGCCCGGCUACAUGCUGCUCAUCAGGAGCAUCCAGCCGGAGCUGAAGUCCCUCGCGCUGGGAGUGCACACGCUGACCAUCCGAACCCUCGCUGGAAUCCCAGCCCCAAUAUACUUUGGUGCUAUCAUUGACACCACGUGCCUGAAGUGGGGCCACAAGAGGUGUGGAGGGAGAGGGGCCUGCAGGAUCUAUAACACCACGGCCUACAGGAUAGCGUACCUGGGCCUGUCCCUGGGCCUGCGGACCUUCUCCUUCUUCCUGUGCGUCCCGGGCUUCCUGCUGCUGCAGAAGCACCUGCAGAAGGAGGAGGGCGCGGCCCUGACCAACGGCGGCUCGGAGGUGGAGCCGCUGAAGAAGGAGGAGGCGGGGUCUCUGCACUGCGAGCGCCUGGCGCACGCCCCCGACGGCGACGCCUACGCCCCCGACGGAGACGCGCACACUCCCGGCGGCUACGUGCACACCCCUGACGGCGAUGCCCACGCCCCCGACCGCGACGGGCACGCCGCUCAGACCGCGGAGCACCAGCCGCCGCCGCCCGCGCGGAACUCGGACCGCGACCCCGACAGGGAGACGAGGCUGUGACACGCACGCGCAGGGCAUCCCCCCCCCCCGCCCCGCGCACCAGACCUGGGGCAAAUGCGUACGCGUUUCGAAUUCAAAUACUUUUUCGACGCUUUACUGAUCUUGUCUGGUGCAUUGGAACCAAUUAAAUACACUCAAAUUAGGCUCAGUUACACCAGGCGAGAUCAAUAUCAAUAGAGCACAGAAAUCCAAAACAAAUUCGUAUCUGACCCAGGUCUGCCACACACGCACACAGGCGUACACACACUCACACACACACACACACACACACACAUACCCACACACUCUCACACACACACACACACACACACACUCUCACACACACCCACGUGAGCACACAUACAUACACACACAUGCGUGCGCAUGCACACACUCACACACACGCGCACAUGCAAAUACACACGCGCGCGCGCACACACACAAACUCUGAAAACCCGGUCACUGUCAAGCAAACUCUCAGAGCACAAACUAACUCAGUUUACCCUGUAGAUCAUGUGAAAUAAAACCGUUCUUUUGAUAUCAUUCAUACUUCUUGAAUGUACAUGGUGUGUUUUACCAGAGAGAGAAAAAAUGAAGUCUUUGUAGCAAAGAAGUUUUUUGUAUUCAGUUUCAUUAACAAGAAUUAUCGAAAGGUUUGUGUAAAAAAAAAAAACAAAAAAAAAACGAAAGAAAAAAAGAGUUUUUACCUCAGCAGUAGUCCCUUGUGAUAGUCUUUUUUAUGAAACUGCACAACUAUCCUGCCGUUUUGGUGCAGUCGGUUUAGUGAGCUGUUCCUGCUUCCUGUUUCCUCAUAGGCCCCGGCGUCGGGUCCGCGCCGCGGCGCAAAAACCGCUAACGCUCGCGCACGAAAGCGCCGCGCCUGAACUUGGAAUCGGCCGAGCGAUUUAGCGUUCCGCGGAGCCUCUCUGCAAACGUAGCGCGCGGUCGGGGCCGGUAGCCUACGGCCACGAGAGCAGUUAAUAAAUAUGUGGAAGUGUCUGAAUAAUUAAUGCCAGAUGGAUUUUUACUGGAUCCACACACGCUAAGCACAGCUCGAGGGAGAAGGGUAAUUGAAGCGAUGAUGCAAGCCUUUUGCGAAGCUGCGACGGCGGCUCGCUACCCAGCUUGAGCGAGAUAGCUCGAUGUAGCGCUGUGAAGCGCAUCGGGUUCGACUUUGCUAAGACCUCACGCGCGCGCAGAACCUUUCUAGCGCGCGCAAAACCAACGACGCGACCGGCGAUCGGUCAGGGUAUUUGUUUCGCAGCAAUUCGUUCGGUUGCGUCAGUAGUUUUGCGCGCGCUGAAAGGUUUCGCUGACGCUUAUGUUCUUGGUAAACCAGGCCCGUAGUUUCCUCGCUACAUGCUUCCCCCCCGGAGAGCGGAGAACGUUGGGGAACGACCCUGGUCCUCCUGACUCGGAGGUGCGCAGUAGCGCGCUAGCGCUAAAGCGACUAGCGUGCUAGCGCUAAAGGGACCAGCGUGCUAGCGCUAAAGGGACUAGCGUGCUAGAGCUAAAGCGACUAGCGUGCUAGCGCUAAAGUGACUAGCCUGCUAGUGCUAGAGCGACUUGUGCUGUAGCGCUGAAGGCUAGCGGCUGACCCUGAUGAAAAAACAGCGAUGAGGAACUACCUUCCGGUUACAAUAGUGUUCAUUCCGAAGUGUGACGUAGUGCCAUUUUUCCCUGUUGCAUGCGUAUAGCUACAGUAGCUAGAUCCGUCGGGUCGCCAGUAUUUGUUUUUGAGCUCUCCGAGUUGGCGGAAGUAAAGGAAGCAUUUAAGCGUAUUAGCAAACAUUUGUGUAGUUGAACAUACCUCAGGUAGAAAACCUGAAGACACUCAAGCACCUAAGACCGGUCCCUGCGGACCUGUAGCAAACGUUGUCAUAAGAUUUUUAGGCCGACGUCAUGAAAAUGCAACGUUGUCCCCUCUGGUUACAUACCUUGCAGAAAAUUGCCUUUGACGAACCACCAAAGUUCUAGAUUUGGGCCAGUUGGUUGAGAAUUUCCUCUAAUAAUCCUGUCUGACGUUUUUAUAUGUGAUCUGAGAUCGAUAUAGGAAGGUGGUUCCUAUAGGAAGACGUUUUUUUUAUAUUUUAUAAAUUGUAUUUUGUAUGUACCCUCGCCCUUUUGUAUAUUUUUAUAUUUAUCCUGUACAUUUAAACUUUGCCAAUUUACUAAUUUGUUGUACUUUGAAAUCAUGCUACCUACCUGGAUUCUGGAAGAAGAAAGUUGUACAGGAAGUCGUACAAGAAGCGGUCGCCGAUGCUCUUGGGAGCAGUCAUUUGUGCAGUGUAUGACCUGUGCAUUACCUCAUUGUAUUGUUAACUCGUAUUGUAUACUAAGACACUGUUAUGCCUCCUGAUACACUUUGAUUUCAGUACAUAAAGUUUUGUCACCAAACCGA